AUGAUUCAUAUCUAUCAACAAUUAACCUGGGUCGAUCCUAGUCAAGUGUUAUGGGGUUGCGUUGAUGGAAGAAGUUCAAAAUAUCAACUAGGAACAUUGGGUGGUGAUGUAGGAGAAUUUUUAACAGGAAUUGCUACCUUGGCAAAAAUAAAUAGUAUCAAUGGUUUAAGUCCUAUUCUAAUUGAUAAUAUCUUUACCAAAUUCAUAACCAUUCAACCAGAUAUGUAUUAUCAUACAGACGACUAUUCAGUUGCUCAAAUAGUGAAAAUUUUAACCAAUCAAGGAAUCGAUAUGGCUAACUUUAGCAUUUGGGCACCAACUUCGGAACAAAAACCAGCACUCCUAGAUUUAUUGGUUGAUCCAAAUUAUACUGGAUGCUCACAUAUCCGUCAAAUGUUGAACAACCCAGGAGAUUACCAAAUUCCCAAAGCAUACGUUCAACAAUUCUUAAAAUCCUAUUUCAACAACCUAUGGUCCAAAACAGAAUCAAAAAGAAGAGAACAAUUUGAAGUAUUAGAAGGAAAGAGUUUGGAAAUCAAAUAUAUAGAGAUUAACAUGAAUAGAGAGAAUGUUAAAAAAAAUGAUUUACAAUGUUCCAAAUUGGUACCUACAGCAAGUCCUCAUGAUGUUGAGGAAUCUUUUAUUGUUCAUUGUGAUGAUAUCAAGAAUUCGGGUAUUAGAGGAAAGGUUAAGAAAUUCAUUGAACAACAAUUGCCAUCAAACGUUAAAAGUCAAAGUAACUCUACUUUUGAUGAUAUUUCCAAACAACAACAGGAUAUUAGUUAUGCUCUGAUUGGUGUAAAUGAAGUACCCAAGUUCUAUCAUCAAUUUAAAGUCUACACUGACUGGGCAAAGGUUCCUGCUGAUGAAUUCCCAAGUUUAGAGAAAUUCAUUCCAUCCACACCUACAACCGAUGAUUUUUCAGAUUUUGAAGAAUAA